AACCGUAUCUGCGGUCUGCUGAUGAGUCGCUCAGUCGAGAUGAGUGGAAAUAGCUCAAGUGGCCCGGGACAAACACGAUUUUCGGGCCUUAAAAAUGUCCUAACAGGAAAGCUAACGUUAACGGUGUAUCCUGAAGAAGGCGAAAAUGAAGAGAAAAAUGAAGUUGAAACCUUCAGAUGGGUGAUAAACCCCCGGAGUCACGUCAGGCAUUACUAUCUUAUGUUUAUGGUGAUCUUAACAUUCGUGAACCUUAUAACAAUUCCUCUAGACAUGGCAUUUUCUGAUGAUAUGCAUGGUAACGCCCACACAUACUGGGUGACCUUCAAUGUAUUCUCAGACACCAUGUUUUGCCUUGAUGUUGGCAUUAAUUUUCGAAUGGGUAUAUUCAGUGACGACGGUCAGGCCAUCCUGGAUCCAAAAGUAAUAAGAAAUGAUUAUUUCAAAAGUUGGUUUUCUCCUGAUGUGGUGGCUGCCUUCCCGGUUGACAUUAUCAUUAUUGUUGUGGAGCAGUUUUAUCACGCGGACACUGAUGUACUGAUGGCUUCGAAGCUGGUGCGGAUACUCAUGUUCGCGAGGAUUUUCAGUAUGAUCCGUUUACUCCGUGUGCCGAAGCUUCUGAGAUUCUGCUUUGAAUUGGAAAGUGUCUCUGACAUCCAGCUUGAAGAAGCCAAGAAGUUUUUCAGGGUUUUUUUCAUGUUCAUGUUGAUAAUCCUGAUUUGGCACUGGAACACAUGUGUUCAGUACUUCAUAUCUCUACUGGAGGAGUUUCCCGACGACUGCUGGGUCAUGCAAGAGAACAUCAAGAAUACCACCAUCGGGGAAAAAUACUCCUAUUCUUCCUUCAGAGCUUUCUCUCAACUGGCCUGGAUUUCAACUAAAUCUAUUCAAUCUCCAACACGCAUGGCAGAACGGUGGACGGCUGUUGUUAGCAUGGUGGUUGGAUAUAUAAUGUGUUUUGCUCUUAUCGCCUGCUUGAUGGCAACAGUCGGGAGCAUGUCUGCGACUGGCAAUGAAUACAAGAAAAAGAUCAGCCAGCUGCAAUCCUCCAAAAUGUUCAAGAAGCUGCCCAGGUCUCUGCGCCAGCGCACCACUGCCCAGUACAAGUGGCAGUAUGACAAGAAGAACAUCCUCGAUCUGGUGUCAAAACGGCUGAGAAAGGAUAUUAUGGCAGAUAUGUGUCCCAACCUGCUGAGCAAAGGCUCCAUGUUCAUAAAGCAUGACAGAGAAUUCACCGAAGCCAUCUUGGUGAAGUUGGAGUACGAGUUAUUCCAAGCAGAAGACAUCAUCCUUCAUCAGGACGCUAAAGCUGCCCACAUGUUCUUCAUCGAGCAUGGACGUGUGCUCGUGAAGAACCAGUUUUUCCAAAUGGAGCUGUGCGAUGGAGACCACUUUGGAGAGAUCAGCUUCCUGUUUGGUGGAAGGCAGCUGGCCACAGUUUCUGCUCUGGCCGCCUGCAGCCUUUUCUCCCUGUCAAUAAAACAUUUUGAGGAGAUUGAGGAAGAGUUUCCACAUGUUGUGAAGGAACUGAGGGCAGUGGCUCAACAGCUCAAAGAUGAUCUCGAGGGUGUUGGGCUGGAACGUCAAGUUACAUCAGCAUCGAACAGUGUGUGCGACGACACAUCAGGACAUUUUGUUUUAGUCAAUUAG